AUGGCUAGUAGUAACAGUCCGUUGUCAAAAUCGAAACCUAUGACAAAAAUAUCCUCGCAUACCGUUUAUACUGCCACUUCUAAGGAUUAUGAUCGUAUGAAAGUAGCUCAAAAGCAUGAAAAUAAAUUGGAACUUGAAUAUGAACGUUUAGAACGUAAACUGAUGUCAAAGGCCAAAUGGAACGAGCGUGCAGAUCAAUCUGUCAUCAUUAAAUCAACAACAGCCUCAUCAGCAAAUGGAGAUCUUUCUGUUGACGAUUGGCUACAACGUGAACGAGAGAAAGCGCAAAAUAUGAACAAAUCAAAAGAAUUAGCAAAUCAACGUAUUCGUUGUUCACCUUUUUCAGGUAUGACAAAACCAAGUGGUGGAACAAGUACAACGGCAGCUCAUUCAAUAUCCCAUGUUCGAAAGGUAUCACCAACAACAGCAACAACAUCUACUGCUGUAUAA